AACAAGACCAUGUGCGGACAGUCUUACCAUCAUCAAUAUAAAGAUAGAAAAUAAGGAUAAUACGGUUGUAUUGUUCAUUUGCACAUGCGCAAUUUUUUACCGCUGACAACUUACUGAUCCUAUAUACCAGGUUUCUCUAUAAUUAAAAGGUGUUUUGUAAUUCCCCGAAAGUUGAUCGUUGACGCGCACAGUUUCGUAGAUUUAUUCACGAUCUGAUGGCUAGUCUCAUACAAUAAUAGCUGUCGUCUGUCUCUUCAAAAUGGUUAGGGUUAACCUGUAUGUUCUUAUUAAAGAUUGUAAGUAAAUGCUGGUAAAAACCAGAAAUGAUAAUACAAACAAUAAUACAAAAGUAGCUUUGGGAUUACCCCACUACAUAAGGGAAAAAUCAAGACUUGUUUAUUUGUUAUUCUUUCAGCAAGGCGUUGGCACUUCUUGUGACUUCGCUGCAACGCGUCUGCUUGGAGCAGCCAUAAAACUUUUCUCAUUGUACGGGAUGGCUAAUAAUGGGCCAAGUGAUCCGCACAAUGAAUGUGCACCUCCUACCAAGGAAGAUGUUAUUAAAUAGUUGGUUAAAGAUUUUAAAAAUGAUUUUGAAAAAUUUGAAAGGAAUGCCAUGAUAACGUUGCCACCAAGUGAUGAAAAAGGAGAUAAUGGUCAAGGCUUUUCCCUGUCAGAUGUAUGGAGCUGCAUAAAUGAUACCGGCAAAGAAAGUGUAUCAGAAGUUUUUAGGAGGUUAAUAAAGGAGUAUUUUAAGUCAGACGAAGAUAAAGAUCUUGAAAACAACCCAAAUUUAUUAAACAAUAUAAAUUAUUACUAUAAAAAAUUCACUACAGUUUCAUUCAAUGCGAAUGGUGUUCAAUGUUCGGUACCCUUACCUAUAGUAUGUAUUUUAUACAAUAUUCUACGUAGAUUCUUCUCUACGAUAAGUAGCAAAAGAUGUGCAAAAAUAAUUAUGGCUGAAUGCCUUGGCAACGCUGGUAGGUUUGGUGGUGAAAUGUUAGCAGUUUGGCUCUUGCCGACCGCUGGAUCUGCUGCAUGCGUUGGUUCUGCGGUAUGCGCCCUUAUUGGACUUCUCGCUGCUAGAAACCUUUCUGGUCGUUUUACGCAGUAUAUAUUCGACAUACCAAAAGAUGAAGCAUUGGAAAAUGCAUAUAAUUUUAUUGCAGCUAAACCAACCGCUUCCAACAAUGAGAUAAAAUCAGUCUUUAGAAUGUUAUGCGACAAAUAAUACCCAGAAGAAAAAAAUGGUAAAAAGAUUAAAUUCGUGGAGCUUCUAAAUUAUAUGGCCAUUAUAAAAGCUGCCAGAGAACAAACAACAAAGAACAAAAAAUAGUUUGUCUAAAACCUAUGAUAAAGAGGUGUUUUUAUAUCCAUAAAUGCACUUCAGCACUUUUUUAAACUAAAAUCUAUAAACACUGUGUAAGAUGAACAAGGGAAUGGGAGAUAACAAGGGAACACUUUUUUCUGAAGGAGUUAUAAAAACUAACAUCCAAUAAUUAGACAAGACUCGGUUCAUUUGAGCAGAUACUCGCGUUGCAGGACGGCACGAAAAUCUUCCCGGGGUGCUCAUUCACUUUGUAUUACAAAAUUAAUUUUUAAUUGUAACGUAAGAUAGGCAUUACUUGCCUUUCGUUCUGUCUCGUAUAUUUUUACGUUUCGCCUUUCGUGUAAACAUCUCCCAUAGAAUCAUUAGACUGAAAAAACGAUGUGGGUAAUUUGACAUACGACCUCUUAUUGUAAACAAAAACCAACAAACUUUAUAUCUCUCUUUUUAUGUAAAGAUACUUAAAACUCGAAAAUAACUUGUAAAAUGUCAUCUGGAUGUUUGUUUCUUUCUUCAUUUAAUGUUGUUUGGCCGAUUUAGGUCUCACAUAAAUUGGAAUAAUUUGAAAUGUUAAACUUAAAAUUUGAAGGUACCCAAAUUUUCCUUGUGUGACUUUUAUCUUGGAGGAAAGAAUACGGAAGGAGAAACAACUUCAUUUCUGUACGCUUUAAAUGUAUUGAAUUUUCUAUUGUUUUUAAUUUCAAAAGAAUCAGUGCGUGAGGUGCUUGACCGAGUCUUUUUCGCAAAAAAAUGAUCAAAUUCCAUAUUCUCCUUUAAUAGAGGCUAACUUUUUUCUAUUAAAAUCUGACUGUAACACGCUGCAGGCACGUGAUUAUUGCAUGGAAAGUGUGCCUAAUAUAAGUCGGUAAACAUUGCUGUUAAAAACUUUAACAUUACGUUUGGAAAUAAGCGUUUAACCAUGAUAUUAAGCUAUUUUUGCAGGCUUGAGUAUACCACUUUGAUCAUGAAAAACAAUAUAGAUAGAUAUGCGCCGGACGAGUGCCGACAAAAUGUGUGCUGGAUUAAUGUUUAUUCUAACUAAAGAAAUAACUUCUUAUAACAGAACGUCGUUUUAAAACGAGAUAUAAACUUUUUCUUUUUGUUUACAAAAGUGUCGAGCAUGUGCUUCUUCGCUAAUUAUGUUAACAUAAAAACAAAAGAAAUUUUACCGAUUUCAAUAUGGCUUCUUGUUUUGAUAAUAAUAUCAAAUUCAUCAUCAAAUUAACUUAUUGUUUUUAUAACCAAUCAUAGUUGCGAAUUGUUAUUCACGAAUAAUUUAGUCACACAACCGCCAAAAUUUCAAAUUAAGUUUCUAUACAGACACCUGCUAGAACCUCACGCAGUGUUUCAAUAGAAUUAAAAGAGUUGUUUCUCCUUCCGUAUUCUUUCCUCUAAGCUUUUAUCAAACAUGAAAAUCCUAAAAAAAUUUAUUUUAAAGUCUUGAGCUACCCAUAAACCUGACAUUAAGAGAAAUUCAGAAUUGCUUUUGGUUUUUAGCUAGACACACGCAACACACUUGAUUGUCGCUUAUUAUUAAAGAAGCCCCGAAGGAGGGUAAUUUAUUGAAACACACUUUACGGUCAUGGUAAGAUUUUUUUUGGCCUCACUGUCAGUUACGCCUCGUUUAUUAUUUUAAUGUACUCCGGGUUUUCUGGAUUUGACUUGCUGACUCAGACACUUUUUUGUUUUCGACAUAAAUUUAUAUAGUAAAAAAAGCACACUGGAAAUGAUAGUGACUAUAAAAUUUCGUUUUAUUGCCAACUAAAUAUUUUUUUUCAGGUCAAAAUUCCAAACUUUUCUGGAAGCUGAAAUUAGUUUCAAAAUUAAAAUUACUUUGUUUUCGAAACAAUUUGCCACAGCUGACAACAAUUUUUGUCAAAAUAUUAUUCUAAAAAAAAUUAAUUCUCAUUCAAAUUAAUUCGCCGUUCCCGUAAUUUUCAAAAUUCGCAAUGCAUUAUGGUAGUUGUAUUCAUCGCCGAAAAUUAGAUGUAAACAAUUAUGGUUGAAGUAAUGAAUAUCACAGAAAGUAACGAAGAAAAUCCACUGAAUUCUACAAAUAAUAGUGUUUUUGAAUACUCUACAACUGGCAGUGUCACUGGAACUUCUAGUUCUGUUUCUUCUACCUUAUUAGAUAAGCAGCUAAUACAAUCGACAUUGGUUCGAACAAGAAUGGGGGGG